UCUCAGUUGUAUUGUGCGCUAAUAAGUUAUUUUUGUAUUCUCUAUUUUUUUAUUCUCUCCAUAUAUUCUUCUUCUUCUUCUUCUUCUUCUUCUUCUUCUUCUUCUUCUUCUUCUCAUUAUUAUUAUUAAUAUAAUCAUCAUAAAAAGAAUAAUUUAUUAUUAUAUUUUUAGUUUUAUUUUGGCAUGUUUGCUAAAACUUGAAGGGAACAAUCUGGGCUCUCGAAAAAAAUCCUGACAUCUGAUUGGACAAAACGUACGUCAGACUCAGUAUUAUAUACUGGCUCUUUUGAUAUACUCUACCGAGUAACUUUCGGUAUCAGUUCGUGGAGGUGGCAAGUCAUAUCCCGGGAUUUCCUAUAACUUAAUGACACCAACGGUUUUACCUGUCCAUCGAAAUCGACUAUUUUAAAGAUGUCCCAGUGGUUCCGACUGCAGCAGCUCGAAUCUAAAUACCUGGAGCAGGUGGGUCAGCUCUACGAUGACAACUUUCCCAUGGAGAUCCGUCAGUAUCUAAGUCAUUGGAUUGAGAGCCAUGACUGGGAGCUGGCGGCCACCAAUGAUUCCCUGGCAACUGUGAGAUUCCAUGACCUCUUGGCCCAGUUGGAUGACCAGUACAGCCGCUUUGCCCUGGAGAACAACUUCCUGAUGCAGCACAAUAUUCGCAAGAUAAAACGAAACCUGCAGGAUAACUUCCAGGAGGAUCCAGUGCACAUGGCAAUGAUCAUCUGUAGCUUCCUUAGGGAGGAGCAGAAGAUUCUGGCAGUGGCUGAAAAAACAGAGGAUAACGCUGGAAAUUCACAUUCCAGUGUGGUUGUGGAGAAACAUAAGGAAAUGGACCACAAAGUGAGAGAUAUAAAGAGCAGAGUUCAGGAGAUUGAACAGAAGAUUAAAUCCCUGGAAGAUCUGCAGGACGAGCAUGACUUUAAGUACAAAACACUGCAGAGUCGAGAGCAUGAACCAAACGGGACGAACCAGAGGGAGAUCAAACGCGAGGAGAUGCUAAUUCGGGAGAUGUUCAUUAAAAUGAACAUGAAGAGAGAGGAGGUGGUGAGGCAGAUGGCGGAUGUGCUUAACUUAGUGGAACAGGUUGAGAACACACUGAUCUCAGAGGAGCUGCCUGAAUGGAAACGGCGCCACCAGAUCGCCUGCAUUGGUGGACCACCCAAUGCCUGCCUGGACCAGCUACAGACUUGGUUCACCUCCGUGGCUGAGAGCCUGCAGCAGGUUCGACAGCAUCUGAAGAAGCUGCUGGAACUGGAACAGAAGUACACGUACGAGAACGACCCCAUCACACAGAAGAAGAGUUUCCUGGAGGACCGCACACUUUUGCUGUUCCGCACCCUAAUCAUCAACUCCUUGGUGGUGGAGAGGCAGCCAUGUAUGCCUACACACCCACAUAGACCCCUUGUGCUGAAAACUGGGGUGCAAUUCACAGUCAGACUCAGGCUGCUGGUGAAGCUUCAGGAGUUUAAUUAUCAGCUCAAAGUCAAAGUCUUAUUUGACAAGGAUGUCACUGAGAGAAGCACAUUGAAGGGGUUCCGUAAGUUCAACAUCUUAGGCACCAAUACCAAAGUCAUGAAUAUGGAGGAGUCUAAUGGAUGCUUGGCUGCAGAGUUUCGUCAUCUGCAACUGAAAGAGCAGAAGGCUGCUGGAAACAGAACGAACGAGGGACCACUGAUAGUGACCGAGGAACUGCACGCCAUCUGCUUUGAGACACAGCUUUGUCAACCAGAUCUUGUCAUGGACCUGGAGAUCAGCUCGCUCCCUCUGGUGGUCAUCUCCAACGUCAGCCAGCUGCCCAGCGGAUGGGCCUCGGUCAUGUGGUACAAUAUGCUGUGCUGUGAGCCUAAGAACCUGUCCUUUUUCCUGACCCCUCCACCAGCUCGCUGGAGCCAGCUUGCAGAGGUCCUGAGCUGGCAGUUCUCCUCGGUUACCAAGCGCGGGCUGAACUCUGAGCAGCUAAGCAUGCUGGGAGAUAAGCUCCUGGGUCGAGAGGCAGCUGGAAACCCUGAAGGUCUCAUCCCCUGGACCAAGUUUUGCAAGAAUACUAAUGAGAAGAACCUGGCCUUCUGGCUCUGGAUUGAAGGAAUUCUAGAUCUCAUCAAGAGGCACCUUCUGUCAUUAUGGAAUGAUGGGUGCAUCAUGGGAUUUGUGAGUAAGGAGAGGGAGAGGUUCCUCCUUAAGGACAAGAGUCCCGGGACCUUCCUGCUGCGGUUCAGCGAGAGCAGCAGAGACGGGGCCAUCACCUUCACCUGGGUGGAGAGCUGCCCUAACGAUGAGGCCCAGGUCCACGCGGUGGAACCCUACACUAAGAGAGAGCUGGCCGCAGUCUCCUUUCCUGAUAUCAUCCGCAACUACAAAGUCAUGGCUGCCGAGAACAUUCCAGAGAAUCCGCUGCGGUUCCUCUACCCUAACAUCCCUAAAGAUAGCGCCUUUGGGAAAUACUACAGCCGGCCAACAGAGACAUCUGAGCCGAUGGAGGUAGAGGACCAAAGUGCACACGGCUACAUUAGGACGGAGCUGAUCUCCGUGUCUGAAGUUCCUCCCUCUAGACUUCAGGAGUCCAUGCUGCCCUUAUCCCCGGAGAUGUAUGGGCAAGUGUACGGAGAGGUCUCACGAAUCAUGAGCCCGGCGGAAAUUGACACUGUGUUGUGCAAUCCAUAUUCAAACUAACAUGGCUCCAUUCAACUGAUCCGAAGGCAAGUGCCGUAGCAACAUACCCGACCUGUCGGCAAAUGGCGUACCAAGGAUGGCUAUCCACAGUGUAUAGGACUGUCUUGGAUUGUGAUUAGUUUUAUGCAAAAAUAUUAUAGAAAGGAGAAAUAAAUGUAAAGAUGUAUGUAGUAUAUUGCAACUAGUCAGAAUAUAUCACAAUAUAUUUUGUUUCAAAUAGUGCAAUAUAUUAAUAAAUUGCUGUGAAAUAUUAUUUCCUAAAUGUCUGCAUUUACAAUAUUUUUCAGUUUAUGCAUUUCUGAAAUGGUGGUAUGAACCUGCAUACAGUAUAAAAUGAUUGUAUACCUUAUAAUUUUUUGAAUUCAUGUAUGCAGUAAGAUUGACUUUGUUACAUUACUCUGAAGCUUUUUGUAUCACUUAGGGUGAGCUCACUAAUCUUUAAUGGUAAGGCUUUUGCAGCUCUGCUAUUUGUAGUGUCUUUUUUGUUUUGCAAAGCCCAAUAAAUAAUAAUAAUAAUAAUAAUAAUAAAACAACAAUAUUGCAAUGUGA